AUGGGUAUUCGGUCUGAGUGGCGGCACCUGGGAGGCGGAGUGGAUCUCCGGCGCAAAUUUCAAACGAGAAAGACCAUGCAUCCUCGUUCGCUUUCUGUUCUCUUUUAUGUCAUACUGUCCUCCAUUUCUGUGCUCACUGUGGCUCUUAAUCUACUGGUGAUCAUCUCUAUUUCCCACUUCAAGCAGCUCCACACCCCGACCAACCUCCUCCUCUUCUCUCUGGCUGUCUCUGAUUGUUUUGUGGGCCUUCUCACAGUCUUUCAAAUACUGGUCAUAGACGGCUGCUGGUAUCUUGGUGAACAGUUGUGUAUUUUGUAUUAUAUUUUCGAUUAUGUUGUUACUAAUGCCUCAAUAGGAACCAUGGUGCUCAUAUCAGUUGACCGCUAUGUGGCUAUUUGCGACCCCCUUUAUUACCCAAGCAAAGUCACUCUAAAAAGAGCUCGUUCCAUGAGGUCUCGUAUUGAAGCUGUCGCUGUGCAGGGUUCUGUAACAGUAACUAUUAAGAAAUCUGAAAUCAAAGCUGCCAGAGUUCUCGGAAUUGUUGUAGUUGUAUUUCUAGCAUGUCUUUUACCUUAUUUUUGUAUUGGACUUACAGGUGACAAGACCCUACUCAAUGCUUCAACUGCGACUGUUUUUAUAACUCUCUUCUAUUUUAAUUCCUGUGUAAACCCUCUGGUUUAUGCCUUUUUCUAUCCCUGGUUCAGGAGAACUAUUAAACUAAUAGUAACACUUAAGAUACUGAAUUCUCGCUCCUGUAAGGCCAAUUUACUAAUUUCAUGA